AUGGCUGAAUUCAAAAACAACGCCAAUACGUCGUCGUCUAGGCUUCCGAUCUUCAACCGUUCUUUUACAACGCUUCGCCAUGAAGAAAAACAACCGCUGCAAAAAACCCUAAACCUCGAACGCACCGCCUCGCUUCGCGGCAGGGUCGUCAAAAAGCUCUGUAGUUUCUUCGAACCGGCGACACCGUCUUCACAAGAAGAAUCACCGUUAUCCAGCAAACCAAAACCCUUAAAAUUAACCGAAUCAACAUCGGUUUCAAAAUCGUUGGAUGCUUCACGGAUCAUUCGACUACCUGGAACAGAAGAUCGAAUCGUGUUGUAUUUCACGAGUUUGCGUGGAAUUAGAAGAACGUACGAAGAUUGCUAUGCGGUUAGGAUGAUAUUGAGAGGAUUUAGGGUUUGGGUUGAUGAAAGAGACGUUUCCAUGGAUUCUUGUUACAGGAAGGAGUUGAUGAAUGUGUUGGGUGAGAAGAGUAUGAAGAACGUGACACUGCCGCAGGUUUUUAUUAGAGGGAAUCAUGUUGGUGGUGCUGAAGUGAUGAAGCAGCUUUGUGAGGUUGGUGAAUUGGGGAAGAUCUUGGAGGGUUUACCGAAGACGAAAGCUGGGUUUGUUUGUGAGAGCUGUGGUGAUAUUAGAUUUAUGCCUUGUGGUAAUUGUAGUGGAAGUAGGAAGGUUUUUGAUGAGGAUGAAGAGUUGUUGAAGAGGUGUUUGGAGUGUAAUGAAAAUGGAUUGGUUCGGUGUCCCAAUUGUUGCAGUUAUUGA